AUGUCGGGGCUACUGGCUUUGCGUGCACCUAGCUCGACGGCACAUCACGACGUUGAAGCUCCCGCAGGAGUCACUCUCGAUGCUCGCUCUCAAUACCAAGAACUUGCCCCUCCCAAAGCUCCCUGCUCCAUAUGCUCCAAGAUGCAUGUCCCCACAGUAUCUACCAUCGGAAGCACUGAGUGCCAGAGUUGCCGCGACAGGAUGUACAUCAUGAAACAAGACACACCCGAGACUCCUAGUACUACUCCUCUCUACGACACUCUAACCGGAAUUAGCAUUGUGGGGGUCAAACCCCCGAUCGUGUCAACAAACGACUCUGUCACAGUCGUAAGUCGAGGGACAUUAAGGCCAAGCCCAAUGAAGGUGGACGAUGUAGAAACGUCUUUCAGGAGUCCGGAAUCGCACGACCCCCUUAUCGUGGCUACUCGUACAGCUCGCAUCACUCAAAGAGUGGACAUGAUUACUGUACCUGAACCAGAACAGGUAAAGCAAAUGAGCACCCCUCCCGAUAGCGCUUCGACACAACCAGCUUGUAUUGAGAUUCAACGCGAAGAGGCUCUUGUAACUGUACCUGAUAUACCCGCGUUGAGAGUUGACGCAUGCGCGGAGUCUUUACCACUUACAGCCGAUAAUAUCAGCACGAACGACAAACACACGUUAAUUCAAAAUCCUCAAACAAACGUCAACGAGGAGGUUGAACAUGAAGACACACGCAAACUGGGGUUGCACGUUGCCGACAAAAACAGUCCCUCACCAACUAGUGCCCGACAUUGCACUGAGCAGGAUCCGGAAAAUGAAGACACGCGCAGAUUGGAGGUACACGUUUCUCAAGGAACCACUCCCCCGCCAACUAAUGACCAGCCUUGUAAUGAGCAGCAUCCAGAAAAUACCGCGUUCAUCAUGAUCGAAAAGCGCCCUACUAAUCGAGAGUUAAUUAUAAUUGCGCUACUCGCUGCAAACGGGUCCGCCAUGACUGCUGCCCAAAUCAUUGACUGGCUCGUUCAGCGUUUCUCUUAUCUACGCCAAGGACAGGGCGCCUGGCAGGGGAGCCUUAGAGCUGUUCUGUCUAACAAUCCAGAAUUUAGUAGCGCAAAGGAUGUUUUGGUGCACAAACGUCGCUGUAAGCUGUAUAACUUUGGCAAUGCAGCAUACAGAGCCCGUUUUGAAAAGGAAUAUCGACAGUAUGUCGCUAAUGAUUCACCUCCGAACCCUCUGCAAGCUCAAUCACGAUGUGAAGCCUGGCCCGCGGCUAUGGCAAUGCCUAAAGGUAGUCAUAGGAAGGCUAUCGAAAGCGCACCAAGUCGCGGAAGCUUUUCGCUCACCCCAAAGAAUCCAUACCCUGGCUUUGUUGUGUCACCGCGUACAACCUCGCACGACCAAAAUGAAGAGAACGAUCCUUCACCAAAUACGUUUGAUCGCUCUAUAGCCCUUCGGAGCAGCACCUGCAACGAAAUCUCCGAGUCGGGACGCGAGUCAAGCUUUCACCGUAUGCGUACACGCCGUAUAGAGCCGUCAAUUGAGACAAUGACCCCAGAAGAGAAGGCUACGAAGAUUGCGGAUAUCCAGGCAAGACCUUCCCGAAAAAAGCUCUUUGGUUCUCAUCGACUUGGACAUGUGCUCAAAUACGGACGACAGGAUAUCCAUGAUGAGAGCGAUGGUGCAUGGAAACCAAAUUUAAGGAGUGAAAAAGAGAAACGAUUGCUGCAGGAAGAGCGGUCUCUGCAAGAGAUCUUCAACCUCCCUCAGAAUCCAGUCCCAAUGAACGACGGGCAAGAGCUGGCUUUCAGGGACGGUGCCUUGCUUAAUGGUCGGCUACCACGACCGCGGCAGAUCUACCGAGUAGGCAAGAUGUUCGGAGGCGGGUUGACUACCCGUCAGUCCUGA